AUGGCUCGCGUCGGCAUUGUUAUGCUCUGCAGCCUGCUGGUGCUGAUCGUCGGCGCGGCGCUCGCGGCAACGGCGGCCCAAGCUCGCGUCGUGCCGCCAGGCUAUGCUGCCCCGGACAUCGACGUGGCCGGGGCCGGGGCGAGGGCGGGAGUGGGCGGCACCGGCGGUGGCAGACGGGGCGGCAUUCGAAGGGGGAGGUGGAAUGUGCAGAGCGUGCAAAGCGACGGCGCCCGCAAGCGGGAGGUGCCGGGUGGCCCGGACCCCCAGCACCAUGGCUAG